UCCUCUCAGUUUGAAGGCGCUUCCCAAACUGUCACAUGCAAUGGAGCAGAGAGAGACCAAAGAGGAGCAGACACAAGAGAAGGAGGGCAGAUGGAUGGAAAGAGAAACCAACAGGGGGAUUGAAAAAGGACAACACAGGGUGCAGCUGUCAGUUGACACCAAGUGUGAAGACUCAGAUUCAGAGACAGGAGAGCGAACAGUUUACCUGGGCUGUCUAUCCAGAGAACAGCUGGUGAUGUCGUCUGUCGCAGCCGGACUAGCCCUCCUCCUCAUUAUCAUCACUGUCACCGCUGUGGUGGUCACCAAACCCUCAGGUUCCUCAGCCACAACAUUUCCUACAAGUGGAGACAUGUUGGACUUCCUGGUUCAAACAGGGGAAAUCAGCAGACCUGACGGCCUGCUGGCUACUUGGUAUCACCGCGCCAACAACAUGACUGCAAUGAAAAAAGCACUCGCAAGUGACGCGAUGAUUCUGGAGGCAGAUGUCACAGUUGAGGGAUUUGGCACGCCCAAUCAGAAGCCGGUUCCUAUUAUGGCACACCCCCCCACCAUCUAUAGUGACAACACUCUGGACCAAUGGCUGGAGGCCGUGCUCAAUUCUGCAAAAGGUAUAAAAUUGGAUUUUAAGUCUCUGGUAUCGGUGGCCCCGUCUUUGGAGCUGCUGAAUGAAAAGGCCAAAAGCAGAGGCAUUAACAGGCCUGUGUGGCUCAAUGCCGAUAUCCUGAAAGGACCGAAUGUACCAGCCUUCCUGCCUACAGUCAAUGGGACUGCAUUUCUCCAGUUGAUUGAGGAGAAGUUUCCGAAUGUGACUGUGUCUCCUGGAUGGCAGGUAGCCUAUGCUCCCCCUAUCUUCACUGAGACCUACACCCAAACCAUGGUGCAAGAGAUGUAUGACAUCAUCAAAGAUAUCCGUCAGAAGGUGACCUUUCCUGUCCAUGCCCUGUUGGUUCGCAGGAGCUGGCAGCACAUCAGCUGGCUGCUCAACCAGUCGUCACGGUUCAGUCUCACCCUGUGGCAAGGUUCGAUCCAUCCCACUGUUAGUGACCUGCUCUUUGUUCGUGACAACAGCCACCCUGCCAGGGUUUACUACGAUAUAUAUGAACCGACGCUGUCAGCUUUCAAACAGGCGGCAAAUCAACAAGGUCGUCAGAGACUGUUCUAUCCUGGUGGAGAUCUGAUGGAGUACUUCUACCCUACUGACACUGAUCUACCUUCGGGGCGCUCCCACUUCCCAGCAGCAGGCACACAAAGGCACAGCCUGGCCAUCGACUGGUUCACCAUCUCUGACCGAGCUUCCCUGUUAGCCCAGCUCUCAGGUGGUGUUGGUGGGAUGCUGGUGGUCAUGGUGGGCUCUGACAGUGACCGGCCCCACGUCCCUCUGGUAGAAAGUUCUCUGAACUUGAACCCGCUCACACUUCAGGAAUUCCUGGACUUGGUCCAGUUGGCCGACGGGCCCUGGGGCCUCUACCUGCAGGUCCAGACCCAAGACCUUCUGGACGUUUCUCUGAGGCUGCUGAGUUCAGCCUACAACAGAGAGCAGCUCUACAGACCUGUCUGGGUUAAUGUCGGAGUUUCAAAUGGCAGCUCCAGUUCACAGGACUCUAUCUCAUGUCAAGAGUUUGUGUCCAAAGUCGAGAGACUGUUCCCCCAUGUCACCCUCGUCCUGAGAGCGGAGAGCUGGCCUUCCCAGAUCCCCUGCGGUGUCAGGAUCACGUCCCAACGUAUGGCUCUACAUCUAAGAAGGGAGUCACUACCGAGCAGCGGCAAAGAGCUUGACACGCUUAUGAGAGCGACGGACAGAUACGACCUCGUCGUGGAAGAAGGGAGGGAGGGGAGGAAGGAGGACGGAGAGAGCGGGACUGAGGCUGGAUCAGUCUUGCAGGCUCUCGUGAUGCAGCGAAUUGGGAGCAGAAACACUCGGCUGUACCGUAUACUACAUGCCCAAUCCACAGCCCCCUUACUCAAACAGAUGGACCAGUCAUGAAUAUGCAUCUGGCACUGCAGUUUAAUUUUGCUGUGAAAAACAUAAAAUAUGCAACAUGUGGCAACACCCGUAUUAAUGUCUUACUAUCAAAAUAAUUACAGCUGUUUUUAAAAAUGCAUUUCAAUUAUGACAUCUGGUAAUGAUUUACAUUAACUACAUUACAUGACACAUUACAUGGCUAUAGGCAGUCUAGGAGGUUUGUUCACGGCCCUGACGGAGGAGUCAGACACUUCCCAUCUUGACUGAGUAUUCACCUCUCCAGAUGUGGUGCGGCACGGUGGCGCAGUGGUUAGCGCGGUCCUGGGUUCGAGCCUCAGGGUAGUCCAACUUUGGGGUUCGUCCCGGGUUGUACUCUGUAUGCAGCGACCAGGACACACACCCACAUCCGGCUUCCCAUCCGCAGACAUGGCCAAUUGUGCCUGUAGGGACACCUGACCAAGCCGGAGGUAACACGGGGAUUUGAACCGGUGAUCUCCGUGUUGGUAGGCGACGGAAUAGACCACCACGCCACCCGGACGCCCGAUCUAAAUUAUUUUUGUGAUGGCGUAACGGGGGGGGGGGGGACAGAUCAUAUUAUUCAGUGGUGGCACAGUGGUUAGUGCGGUCGCCUCACAGCAAGAAGGUUCUGGGUUCGAGCCCCGGGGUAGUCCAACAUUGGGGGUCGUCCCGGGUCGUCCUCUGUGUGGAGUUUGCAUGUUCUCCCCGUGUCUGCGUGGGUUUCCUCCAGUUUACUCCCACAGUCAAAGACAUUCAGGUCAAGUGAAUCGGCCAUACUAAAUUGCCCCUAGGUAUGAAUGUGUGUGUGUGUGUGUGUGUGUGUGUGUGUGUGUGUGUGUGUGUGUGUGUGUGUGUGUGUGUGUGUGUGUGUAUUGGCCCUGUGUGAUGGCCUGGCAGCCUGUCCAGGGUGUCUCCCCACCUGUCGCCCAAUGACUGCUGGGAUAGGCGCCUGCGACCCUGAGAGCAGGAUAAGUGGGUCGGAUAAUGGAUGGGUGGAUGGAUGGAUGUGAUACUGUAUAAUCAUCAAGCAUAAAGCAACAGAAGACAUUAGUGGAGGCAAGAAACCAGUCAGAAGGCCUAACACGCCUCGAAGACCCAUCCUAGGAUGCACUGGGGACACAUCAUCAGUGAUGUUUUCUGAGGUCCUCAGGUGUUUCGGGUCUUUCAACAUCAUACACCCUAGCUCAGGCGACCCCGCCAGGUUUUUGUCCCAGCAGCAUUGGCCCACAGAUCACGCCUACUGAUCCAAAGCCAUCUGGAGGCCCUCUCUGCAGCCUCUAUGGAAGACUUGAUGGCUUGAUGCCAAGUAGAGUGUAGACCUUGCACAGUGAGCGGCCAGCAAAGCCUCUAGACCCCACAUCAAUGGGCUCACAACGCGCCUUCCAGCCUCUCCUCCGGCACUGAUCCACCAGCUCCUGGUACUUGGUCCGCUUCUGCUCAUUCGCCUCCUCCAUCCAGUCUGCCCAGGGAACCGUCAGCUCUAGAGGCUGAUGAUAGCCUGCAAGGUGGAAUCCUAAAAGGCUAAGCU